AUGUAGUUUUCAUAAAUAUUUGGUGGAGGCGGAGGCAGAUAAGCUCCUCCACAAAGAAGUGGAGGUGCUUAGGUCUUCCUUAGUUCGUACAAGGCUUAUUCCCCAGCAUUUUUCGGCAAAAAUGACAUUAACAAAGGAAAUAAAAUUAUCUUACCAUCAUCGGCAUUGCAUGAAUUAGCUAGACUGAGUAUCUCUUAUCCAAUGAUCUUUAUGAUAAGCAAUCCUCAAAUGGGAAAGAAGUCAUAUUGUGGUGUGCUAGAGUUCUCUGCAGAGGAAGGACUAUGCUACUUGCCUUAUUGGAUGAUGAAUAAUCUAUACUUAGAGGAGGGCAGUGAAGUUAUAUUGAGAAAUGUAACUCUAAAGAAGGGAAAUUUUGUGACCAUUUAACCACAUCAAACUGCAUUUAUCGAUUUAGCUAACCCCAAAGCCAUUCUUGAGCAGGAGUUAACCAACUAUUCAUGUUUAAUGAAAGGAGAUACUAUUAAUAUAAACUACCAAGGCCAUGAUUACUUGAUUGACAUAGUAGAUUGCAAGCCAGAAGAUUAAAUUUGUGUUGUAGAGGCAGAUGUUGAAGUAGAAUUUAAGUAACCUCUAGAUUACAAAGAAGUUCCUCUUGUCAAGAAGACAUCUCACUUUAGUAUUGAUGAGGAGCAGAAAGAUAAACAAAAAAUAAAAGAACUAGAGACUAAGUUUGUUAGAUUGGAUGGUAAGGCAUUGACUGAGAAAUAGAAGCAGGAACUGUUGAAGAAGGAAAAAGAGCAAUUGAAACAAGAAAUAGAUUUCGAUCCAAGAAAGCAUAGACUCAAGCAUGGUAUUAGAAAUUAUAAUAAAGUAGAGAAGUCAACUCUGUUUGAAGGAAAGAAAGGUAUCAGUCUAAAGUGA